AUGGUGUCUACUCAGUUUCAUGCUCAAGUCAAAAUAUUCCGGACUGAUAACGGAGGCAAAUAUGUGAAUAAUACUUUGGCGUCUUUCUUCCGUGCUCAAGGUAUUAUUUACCAAACGACAACCCCAUUUACUCCUCAACAGAAUGGUGUGUUUGAACGAAAGAAUCGUCAGUUACUUGAAGUUGCCUGUUCCUUUAUGUUGGACAUGUGUGUUCCCCAUCAUCUUUGGGGGCAUGCUAUUUUAUCUACUGCCUAUUUGAUUAAUCGUACUCCUAGUUGGGUUCUUGAUUUCAAGACUCCGCAUGAUGUGUUUGGUGACCAUGUUUCCCCUGUCUCAAUCUUGAAGUUGCCCCCUAAAGUUUUUGGGUGUGUUGCCUAUGUUCAUGUCUACUCUCAUCAGCGGAGUAAACUUGAUCCUUGUGCUCUACAAUGUGUUUUUAUUGAUUACUCUUCUACUCAGAAGGGUUAUAAGUGUUAUCAUCCACCUACCCAGAAGAUGCAUGUUACUUUGGACGUGACUUUCCAUGAAGAAGUGCCCUAUUAUGUCUUUCCUUCCUCUCCAAUUCAAGGGGAGAUGGGGUGUGAAUUGGAGAGUCUUAGAUUGGAGAAUCUUGGACUUGAAUUGGAGAAUGAUGUGUUUGAAGAUAUUGUUCUCGGGAAGGAAACGACCGGUGGCACUGAAGCAAGUGAUCGGUCACCUAAAUUUGAAGAGGAAACAUGUGGUCCCUGUGAAAAUCGACUGGUCGCCCUUUGGAACUCAACCAGUCGCCCAUAUAUGGAGAUGAAGCAGGUGCUCUCGGUGUCAAAACGGCCGGUCACACUAAAGCAAGCAACCAGUCGUUUGUAUCUAAAAAUAAUGACAGUGAUUCUUAUAUGGAUGAGUUCGAUGCAGUACCCCCCUUUGCCAUGCCAGUGCCCCAAUCUACUCGUGAUAGUGAAUCAAGUGAGGUAA